AUGGAUGAUAAAAUGAAGAAAGGCCCCAUCCUUGGAGUGCUUUUAAAGCAAGAAUAUCCUCUGAUCAUUGAAGGGACAACUAGAGAUGGUCGUCCAUUCAAAUAUCAUGCAAGCAAGUGGGAACACUACUCGCACAUUUUAAGGGAUGAUGCACAAACCCUAGCUGAUCGUGUGAAAGAAGAGUCCUGGAGCAUAUAUUCAGUUCCUGAACAACUUCAAGAUGAAGCAGACCGUGUAUUUGAGAAAUAUGCACGCAUCCAAUGCAAGAAUAUGAUGUACCUAGCUCGUCCCGAUGCUGUGAAGCACUACUAUCAUGAAAUCAUAAAGAGCCCAAAGUUUGAUGCAUUUGCCUGUGCCAAUUUACUUACUUUUGAAGAGUACAUGCAAUGCAAGCCUAGAUGGUUCACUGAAGAAGCCUGGGAGUCCCUUUGUAAGUAUUGGUGCUCUGAUGAAUACUUGAAGAAAAGGAGGCUGGGCCAGAAUCUCGGAAAAAAAAUCCUGAUGGCGCUCAAAACAGGGGUGGAAGCUAAGCAUGGACCUGGGAAGGGCACUAUAAUAAAUGCCUUUUCCUGCAUGAAAGCUGGCCUUAAGAAUUGUGAUGCCAAUGGCAAUGCUGGCCCAAUUCCAGAACGGGCAAAGAAACUUGUUGAUGACUAUAAUGAAGCAUUGCAAGAAAAGUAUCCAGAGAACUGUCAAGAGCAACCUUUUGAUGGUCAAAUUGCAUAUAAAAUUGGUGGUGGCUUGAUGCAUGGUCGUCUUGCAAUAGGAGAUGGUGCUGUCAACAAGGCUACAAUAAUUGAUGCUGCUAAGGUAGGUGGGACAAGGCCAGCAACCUCAAGGGGUUUUCAAAAUCUGUUGGCAAGAUAUGAGAAGUCACUUGCCAACGUUGGUCGCUUAACUCAACAAAAUAUUGCCUUGGUUCAACAAAAUGCUGUAUUGACUUGA